AUCGGCGGAAGGACGUUUAGUUCAACUUCAAUUCUCACUGACUAAGGAUGGGCGAAAAAAAGCCAGACAACAUUUGGAUAUUCCUCUUUUCCGUUGUGCUACCAAAUGCCGGCGGAUUGGUUGGAGCCUCUCUCUGGCAGGACAGGGAUUGGUUUGAGAAUGAAGUAACGCAUCCACCAUGGAGACCACCAAACUGGCUUUUCCCAGUCGCUUGGACGUUGAUAUACUCUCUAAUGGGGAUCGGAUCGUACUACGUCUGGAAGUAUGGCCAGGGUAAAAACCUCUGGAUCGCGCUCGGAGUUUACUGUGUUCAGCUGAUCGUCAACUGGUUCUGGACGCCGUUCUUCUUCGUCUGGCAUCUGAUCCUCGUGUCACUUAUCAUCAUCGUAAUCCUCUGGGUGCUGAUCGUCCUUACGAUCUACGUGUUCUACAGGGUGAACGUAAAAGCGGCGUGCUUCCUGAUCCCCUACAUCGCCUGGGUCACAGUUGCUACCGGUCUCAACUCUCACUAUUAUCACCUCAAUAAGGACCUCUGAAGUAAUUUUUUUUUAUUAUGCAAUUUACUGUACUUGUACACGUGACUAGAUAUGUGACUACCUGGAAUGAUGUGUACUUAUGUUACGUAAAAGAGAAACAUGCGAGCUCAGGUUUUUAUACCUAUAUGAUGUAAUAGAUCCAGUGAUAAUGAAGUAAAGUUACAU